AUGGCUCCGCAUCUACUAUCGGGCAAGGAGAUCAUCCAACAACCACUGCCGGACUUACGUGUUGAUGAAAAAUACCGUACCACUAGCAUAUCAACACAGAAGCUCUUCUUCUCAGCACACCUAUCCCAGUGGAAUAUAGAGCAGAAAGCACGGCAAUAUUCUGAUACCAUCAAUUGGAAGGAUGACAUCCGAGCCUACAAAUUUGUUGAACAACUUCUUCACUGUGGUGAUGAGCACUCCGUGGUUGCGCGCUUUAACCAAAACCUCGGCCAUACCUUGACAAUUGCGCUGAACGGAUAUGUUGAUGAUGGCUUGGGUUUUGGGGACUACAAAUGUGCUAAACAGCCUCUAGAUCUCAAGAAGGUCCCGGAUAUUACUCUUAUUACGGAUAAACAUGAUCUAUGUGUUGUUGGUGAAGCCAAAACACCCUGGAAGCAUAAUAUUAUACACCAACAAAAUGCAAUUGUAACAUUCCGCAACUUUAUUGGCCAGAUCGCACAAUAUAUGUACAUGACCGAGACAAAGUACGGAUUCCUCACUACAUACGAGCAGACAAUGUAUUUCCAACAAGUACCUCACCCAAAGAAGAAGAAUGAGUGGGUACUCCGCCACUCUCCCGUGAUCCAUCAUAAUGUCAAAUGUGAAAAAGUCGCGGAGGAUGAAUCGGACAAUCCGGCUUUCUAUCAGGGAAAAGUGACAUUAACCGAAUGUUUCUUAUAUUUGGCUAAACUGGCCAGCGAGGGCAGCCGAGCCGUUAAUACCAUGAAAGCUACAAGCUGGUUCGGUACGGAUUCGAGCAUAGUCGAUACGCAGGAUGAUGGCUAUAUCUCAUUUCAUGAGGAAAGCAACGAGGAAAGUGAUUCCGACGCAAAAGACGCAAAAGACGCAAAAGACGCAAAAGACGCAAAAGACGCAAAAGACGCAAAAGAUGAUGACAGCAGUUCACGAAGAAUGACACGCAGCACAACACGAAGACUAAAUGAAAAUCUAAAUAUCAAUACCCUGCAGACUGAGACUGAACGACUGAAUAUUCGAGGCCAGUCUAAUCCAUACUCGACACUGAAAUGGAAAGGCCCUGUUUCUAUCUACUUUGAGCCCUCGAAGAAUAAUUGGUACUAUCUUGUUAAGGAACGACGGGUAUAUAUUAAUCUUCACCACGACGAAGAUCAAGGUGACUUUUUUGUUUCUGGAAACUAUCGCUACCCUGUGAAGAAACAUCACUGA